GCUGGGCGCAGGCGUGCUGCGCUCUGACGCAGGGCAAGGUGGCGGCGCCCUGUGGGCUUCCACUCUCUCGGGCGUUUCGGGUUCUCUGUCCGCCCUCGGCAUGUUCCUUCUCCGAGCCCGUGGCCGCUGGGCCGCGGCGUCCCUCGGCAAACGCCUGCCCUCGGGUCGCCUCCGCAGCGACAGCGCCGCUCCGUGCAGCGCGCACUUCGAUGUGGUCGUGAUCGGAGGGGGGCACGCGGGCACCGAGGCGGCCGCCGCCGCUGCUCGCUGUGGCUCGCGGACUCUGCUCCUCACACACCGCGUGGACACGAUCGGUCAGAUGUCCUGUAAUCCUUCCUUUGGUGGCAUCGGAAAGGGGCAUUUGAUGAGGGAAGUAGAUGCCUUGGAUGGCUUGUGUUCGCGGAUCUGUGACCAGUCUGGUAUACAUUACAAAGUAUUAAACCGGCGAAAGGGCCCUGCUGUGUGGGGGCUGAGAGCGCAAAUUGAUCGGAAGCUUUAUAAACAGAACAUGCAGAAGGAAAUCCUGAAUACGCCCCUGCUCACUGUUCAGGAGGGAGCUGUAGAAGAUCUAGUUCUCACAGAAGCAGAGCCUGGAUACGCUGGGAAGUGCCGGGUCAGCGGUGUUAUUUUGGCAGAUGGAAGUACAGUUUAUGCAGAGAGUGUAAUUCUGACAACGGGGACAUUUCUGAGAGGCAUGGUCAUAAUUGGAUUGGAGAUGCAUCCUGCAGGACGUUUGGGGGAUCAGCCCUCAAUAGGGUUGGCUCAGACUCUGGAGAAGUUGGGAUUUGUGGUAGGAAGACUGAAGACUGGGACUCCACCCCGACUUGCCAAAGAUUCCAUUAAUUUCGACAUUCUAAACAAGCACACAGCAGAUAAUCCAUCCAUCCCAUUCAGCUUUCUCAAUGAAACAGUGUGGAUCAAGCCAGAAGAUCAACUGCCAUGUUACUUGACUCAUACCAACCCCAGAGUGGAUGAGAUUGUCCUUGAGAACCUGCACCUGAACAGUCACGUUAAGGAAACUACAAGAGGACCCCGAUACUGUCCCUCCAUUGAAUCUAAGGUUUUACGUUUUCCAAACCGUAUUCAUCAGGUUUGGUUGGAACCGGAAGGAAUGGAUUCUGACCUUAUCUACCCGCAAGGGUUAUCUGUUACACUGCCAGCUGAGUUACAAGAGAAAAUGAUAGCGUGCAUCAGAGGCCUGGAGAAAGCCAAAAUGGUCCAUCCAGGUAAAGAAGGUCACAGGUCUACUUCAGUAAGCAGUCAGGUGGUCUUCUCCCAUUGUUGCUUAGUGCUCCAUAAAAUAAGCCCAAGCUGGACAUGUGUUGGGACUGCAGACAUGUGCCGUGGUGCCCAGCAUGGUGUGAUAGCUGGAAUCAACGCCAGUCUUCGGGUCAGUCGAAAACCGCCCUUUAUUGUAAGUCGUACAGAAGGCUACAUAGGAGUCUUAAUUGAUGACCUCACCACACUGGGCACCAGCGAACCAUAUCGCAUGUUUACCAGCAGGGUAGAGUUCCGGUUGUCACUGCGUCCGGAUAAUGCUGACAUGCGCCUCACGUUCCGAGCCCAUAAGGACGCUGGCUGUGUGUCCCCACAGCGAUAUGAAAGAGCUUCCUGGAUGAAGUCGUCUUUAGAAGAAGGCAUGUCUGUGUUGAAAUCCAUUGAGUUUUCAAGCUCCAAGUGGAAAAAGUUAAUUCCACAAGCUCCUAUAAGUAUUAAUAGAAGCCCUCCUGUCAGUGCUCUAGAUGUUCUUAAGUAUGAAGGAGUUGACAUGGAGUUGCUGGCCAGUGCUGUUCCCGAGCCCCUGAAGAAGUAUACUGCUUACAGAGAGCUGGCUAGAAGACUGAAAAUAGAAGCUACUUAUGAGUCAGUAUUAUUGUAUCAACUACAAGAAAUAAAGGAGGUUCGGCGAGAUGAAGCUUUCCAACUGCCACAAGACUUAGAUUAUCUAACCAUCAAGGAUGUGUCAUUGUCCCAAGAAGUUCGAGAGAAGCUACACUUGAGUCGCCCACAGACAAUUGGGGCUGCUAGUCGUAUACCUGGAGUGACACCAGCUGCCAUCGUCAAUCUGCUCAGAUUUGUGAAGACUGCUCAGCAGAGACAGGCAGCAGUGACGGAGCACCAAACCAAUUAGUACUUAUGUGAUACAAAGAAACUUCCAGACAGAGAAUUGUAACUUUCAUUUCAUAGAGGACUUUUAGAAAGAGGGUUUAGAGAGUAUAAAAGGAGAUAAAAAUAAUACCUGUGAGAAUAGCAUUGUUAGAUUAUUUUAGAUUUGUCCUUAUAAGACAAAGGUUGUAUUUAUAAGACAGUUGUACUUUAUGUAUAUAGGCAAAAUGCUUCAAAACAUCAGUAGGUCAUGUAGCAUUCAUCAAAGGGUAAUAAUUAAGCCAAAACUAAACCUGAAACUGAGUGUUGAUACAGAUUUUAAGCAAUCCCAUCUGUUAAGAGGUUGAAGCUCGGGGGCUGGAGAGAUGGCUCAGUGGUUAAGAGCACUGGCUGCUCUUCCAGAGGUCCUGAGUUCAAUUCCCAGCAACCACAUGGUGGCUCACAACCAUCUGUAAUGAAAUCUGGUGCCCUCCUCUGGCGUGCGGGCAUACAUGGAGGCAGAAUGUUGUAUACAUAAUAAAUAAAUCUUUAAAAAAAAAAAAAAAAAAAAAAAGAAGUUGAAGCUGGGCUGGGCAGUGUGAUUCACACCUUUAAUCCCAGAACUCGGGAUGCAGAGAAACCCUGUCUCCAUAGACCUGGUCCCUAAGAGCCACGUCCAGAGCCUAUGCCCUUUGGGAAAAAAUUUUUCAGUUUGUAGAUUUUCUACUCUUAUGCCCAUAUGUAAAGUUAAUUGCUAUUUUUUACUCAUAAAGCACCCCAGACCACAGACUUAGUCUUGUCUGCUUACUGUGGUUAGCAAACGGUGAUUCAAGUUGUAAACUAGGAUGAAAAAGGAAGACUGAACUGGGCAAUGGUGGCACACACCUUUAAUCCCAGCACUGAAAAGCAGAUGGAUCUCUGAGUUCAAGGCCAGCCUGGUCUACAGACCAGGUUCCAGGACAGCCAAGUCUACACAGACAAACCUGUUUCAAAAAAUUCAAAAAACUCAAAGAAAAAUGAAGACUACAAAACCACCCCGAUCACUCAGCUGUUUUUCCUCUUUUGAGAACAGUUUUCAGCCGGUAUGCUAUUUCAGCAUUAUACACGUCAUCUAAUACUGGGAUAGGCAGGGGAGAACAGGAGAAAUGGGUCAGCAGGUAAGUGCAAUGGCUGCUUUUUCAGAGGACAGGGAUCAAGAUGGGAUCCAACACCUGGCCUUCAUGGCCAUGUGAUACACAGGCAUACAUGUAGGCCAGGUACCCAUAAGCAUAAUACUUUUCUUUUUAAUUUUAGUUUGACAGAGGUAGCAGGAAGCUCAGAAAUUCAGCUAUCGUCAGUUUGAGGCUAAUCUGGACUACAUGAGACUCUGCCUCAGGGGUGUGGGUGGGUGAGGGCUGGAUGCCCAUGCAGUUUAUAAUUCUGGAAUUAAUUGUGUAGGUUAAAAGCUGACCCAGAACAUUUAAAUCUUAAGAUUUCAGUACUUUGGAAUUUUCAAUCAUUAGUUUUGAACAUUGGUGGAAGUACUAUAAAACAAACACAAACUUAUUUUGUAAGCUGGUUAAAGGAGGUUAAAGGUGGUCAUAUUUCAUACAAUAAAAAUGUUUGCUGAUCCAACUGACCUGGCCAUGAUUUAACAUUAAUAAAGCAAUCUGUAAUUACUGA